AUGAGUGAACUUAUUAAAACUUUUCAAAAAUUGAGUGAAUAUUUUAUAAAGGGUUUGGUCUGGGAAGAAAUUGAAGACUUAUUUGAAAAUUUCCAAAGAAAUAAGAACUCAAAUGAACCUCAAAAGCACUCUGAUUUUCUCCAGAAAAUUCUAUGCAUUCCUUUGGUUCAACGAUGCGGUUUGGACAACGAAGUACAAUCACUUCUACUGGAAAUCUGUGUAUCCAUACGAACUUUACGAUGUGAUGGAGCCAGUUAUGAUAACACCUACGAUUGCUGGGAUCAAGUAGUUAAAGUUGCUCCCCGCGAUGGCUAUUUGGCAUUUAUAUACACAUUAGCUGGUCUAAUACAAAUCGAUCCAAGUGCUGUUGUUUACAUUAAGCUAUCCUUGCUGGCAGUCAAUGUAUAUUUCUUGUCGUUGACAAUACCGGGAGCUAAAGGAUUUCAUAUAUUCGAGGAAGAAAUUAUAACACAUUGUUUGCAAGUCUUCUCAUCAAUUGAACGCAUACAAAAUCCUGACGUUGUUGGUCGUAUGUCACGUCAUGAACCCAUACAGAUAUGGGUUCAGUUUUCGACUUUUUUCGAUGAUUUGAAAUUGGUAUUACGCUAUGUCCAUUUUAAGGAUUACCAAUCAGCAAGAGAUGGAAUCUUAAAGAAAAUUAUUGAUGUGCAGUAUUUAAAUCAUGAUCGGGGAUAUGCAAACAUGUAUGCCGCUAAUUUACAUAUUAAAUGUUUUGAGAUCUAUGAGGAGAUGAUUAAUGCACACAAUGGGGAUCCCGAACAGACACUCUUGAAGCUAAUGAAUCUAACAGUAUUCCUGCAUACAUAUCCACAAAAACCAAAAUCCAAUCAAUCUACAGCUAAUAACAUUGCUAGCGAAUGUGAACACAUAUCAGAUUGGUUCAUAAAGUCCAUAUCGAAAUACCCCAGACUAUUGGUUAAGGUAUUAAAAUUUUACAUAGAGUGUAUUGUAACCAAUCCUAUUAGAACAUGGAAGAAUGAGCAAAUACAAAAGGCUUUGGAAUAUGCUGCUAAAUAUGAUGCUGCCUUGUUUACAAAAUGCAAUGAGUCUUGUGUGGAAUUUCUCUGUGAAGCUGUAUAUGCUGAUGAAGUUAUGAUAAGAUCUCGAGUUAUUGAUUUAAUUUCGAAAAUUUUGCAAAUGGAAUCGCAAGUGGAUUGGCAAAUGUUUCGGCAUGAAGUGUCCAAUAUACCUCGGGAAAUCUAUCUAAUAAAGGAAUUGAUUGAUAGUUUGCAGGAUCAAAAUAAUAAUAUUAAAUUGAAAUCUGUGCAAGCUCUACAUGUAGCCUUGACAAAGGGUUCGCCUAAUGCCAGAAAAAUUUUAACCGAAUGUUUGCAGUACACACAGUUUUGUGAUAUCAGUGUUGUGCUGCCCGAUGAGCCAAGAUUGGGGAAGAAUGAAAUACGUUAUGAAAAACCAAAUGCCCAAGAGGCCAAGUAUUCAUUUGAAGGACACGGAGUCAUACAGUUAUCCUUUCUUAAUUUGCCUUCCUACAUAUACACUCAUCUGUAUCAGAGUCCUUUGUCAUAUAUCCGAAGAGCAGGUGUCAUGUUAAUGGAACAGCUAGUUAAAUUGAAUCCCCUUAUUAUAUUCAAUACAAAUUUUGUAACGGAAACCUCGCGUUUGGUGAAUGAGCCAACAGCUUUGGUACGCAAACAAACUUUACUUUCUAUUGAUUCGAUUUUGGAUUGCUAUCCUAAUUGUUAUCCAGUUAUAUGGGUUUGGUGUAAAAUUUUAACGCCUAUGUUACAAGAUGGUGAUGCAAAAAACAUAGAUGUCGCCAUGGAGUGCUUCCGUUCAAGAGUCUUAGCAAAUCUGAAGAGCAUAGAACAAACAAAUAAGGCAGAACAUUUUAUGCCUUGGGCCAUCAUCAAAACUCUGCUGUCCACACAAUCCCGUUUUUACUUGCAAAAUUGUUUUCAUUUGGCAUUACAGCAGCGCAUGAUAAGCCCUCAAAUGGUCAGCAUUGUUGAAUCUCAUCUACUGACAUCAAAUUCAACAGAGGCCUGGAUUAUUCUCAAUUUCAUAUCCAGUAAAAUGAAAUGUAAGGAACCGGAUGCUUUACUUCAUCAAUUUCUCACUUUACAAUCGUGGAAUAAAGAACAAAAUAUGUUAAUAGCUUUGGAAGUCUUGGCUAGCUGCAUUAAGGAUUUCUCACAUACUGCACUGAAUCAUGCAUUCAAUCAUAUUUUGGCUAAAAUAAAGCAAGGCUCCUUACUACCUGCCAUAAUAGGAAAAGCCUUUGAUUUUCUAGUGCUGAUUACAAAUCGAUCUCAUACAACGGGUAAGAGUAAAAAUGCUUCCAUUGAUCCGGCCACCAGCAUGCAAUGGAUGAUUGAGUUGCAUCAACAUCUGGAACAUGAAAUCUUAGACGGCAUACAAUAUUUUCCCGAAAAUCGGGAUACCUUCAUAUCACAUUUAUUCGCCUAUUCAGAAGUUAAUUUACAAACUCGCAUUAGGCCAAAUCAGACCGUCAUAUUGUUUCUUCACAAGUAUAUGAAUGAGUGCAUUAGGCUGAGAGAAAUCGAAAUGGACUCAGAUAAUGCACGCAUAUUUAAUUGUAUUAUUCAAAUAACUGGACGCUUGUCCCUACGCGAUGGCAGUGUGGCCUCCACUACCUGUUCUCUUUAUGCCAAUAUUUUAGCCAUAAAUGAUCAGCCACCGAUUGUCAACACCAUCAUUGUAGCAUUGACAGAUUUGUGUAAGAAACACACACAAAUUGUUGAGAGGAUUGUGGAGAGAGUUUUACGCAAACUUAAAUCUCCCUACGAUGUAAAUCGGCUGGAGACAUUUAAGUGCUUUGAGAAAUUGGUACUUCAGGAUCAAAUAAAGCUGAGAGGUUCAUUACUUUUGGCGCUGCUGGCAGCACUAUUGGACGAAUGCGACGAUUUGGCCAAAAGAGCGGCAGAUUUCUUCGCAGAGUUUUUGUCGAAGAAAAAUCCAACGUUAUUUCAAAAGUGUCUCAUCGAAUGUCCAUUUGUCUUCAAUGAAUAUAAGAACUUUGAUGGUUUGGAUAGUUUUUCGGAAACCUCAAUAAAAUCACCUCUAAAAGGAGAAUCUCAGCGCAAACGUCGCCAGCAGUUAUAUAAACAUUUAAUGGAGGAUAUGGAUGACAUAAAUAUGAUUUUAUAUUUUGGUCAAUUAAAAUUGAUUUCUGAAAAGUCAAAAUUGGAUCCUUUAAUAAAAGAGCCCGAAGGCAUUGCUCUAGUCAAAGAUGUACUAUACAUUCUGAAAAAGGUAUGCCAAUUGACCAAAGAACAAAAACAGAAUUCAGAAAACAAUGAAGCGGAUAAUAAGGAGGAGGAUGCUAUGGCCGAAAUGAACGAAUUAACCAAUGAGGGAAAUAAUGAGGGUAAAAGUAAUGCCAAUAAUGGGGGUAAUAAAAACCCAUCUACCACUGGACCUGGUAGAGGAAGAAGAAAGCGAGAACUAACCAUGCCAGAAGCAAUGACUUUACUCGAAAAAUCCCUCAUAUUCAUACCAACCAUAUAUCAAAAUGUAAAAAUCCAUGAUACCUCUGUGGAAGCAUCAUUUGACGAUUUAUGCAAAGCAUUAUACAAACGAUUUCCCAAUUUAGUUGAUUAUGCGCAACCAGCCGAGUUUUGGAAUAAAUAUCGUAAAUCUAAAGUGGCAACAGGUAAGAAAGUGCCAAAACGAAAAACUCCCAAGAAAAAGAAGAGAAGAGUUAACAAGGAUUCUGAAAACGAGGAUAGUAAUGAAGAAGAUAAUGAUGAAGAAGACGAUGACGAUGUGGAUGGAGCAGAAUCUUCAAAGUCAAAUGAAUCUGAUACCGAUGAUGAAGUUUUACUAUGUAAAAAAUCGAGACUGCAAAAGACUACUGAUGCUGCCUUUACACAUUCACAAUUAUCUAUGGAUUACAUAUUUAAGCCAAAUCUAUAGAAU